AUGGUCCCCACGCUGCUGCUCAUUGGCUUCCUGCUCUUCACGCUGCGGAGGGGGCCCAUGGGGGGAGGCCCGGGCAUGGGCAGGGGCGGUCCCUUCAGCAUGAGCGAGUCCACGGCCAAGAUGAUGAAGGACAACAUCGAGGUGAAGUUCAAAGACGUGGCUGGCUGCGAGGAGGCCAAGCUGGAGAUCCUGGAGUUUGUCAACUUCCUGAAGAACCCGCAGCAGUACCAGGACCUGGGAGCCAAGAUCCCCAAGGGGGCAGUAUUGUCCGGUCCUCCUGGUACAGGGAAGACCCUCUUGGCUAAAGCCACAGCUGGAGAGGCCAACGUCCCCUUCAUCACCGUCAAUGGGUCAGAGUUCCUGGAGAUGUUUGUGGGAGUGGGGCCGGCUCGGGUCAGGGACAUGUUUGCGAUGGCCAGGAAGAACGCUCCCUGUAUCCUCUUCAUCGAUGAGAUUGAUGCUGUCGGGAGGAAGAGGGGAGGGGGCAACUUCGGGGGUCAGAGUGAACAAGAGAACACUCUGAACCAACUGCUGGUGGAAAUGGACGGUUUCAACACUGCUACAAAUGUGGUGGUUUUGGCUGGAACCAACCGUCCGGACAUCCUGGACCCGGCACUGAUGAGGCCGGGCCGCUUCGACCGGCAGAUCUUCAUCGGGCCUCCCGACAUCAAGGGCCGAGCGUCCAUCUUCAAAGUCCACCUGCGACCAAUCAAACUGGACCCCAACCUGGACAAGGACGCGCUGGCCCGCAAGAUGGCCGCUGCUACGCCCGGCUUCACAGGAGCUGACAUUGCCAACGUGUGUAACGAGGCCGCCCUGAUCGCCGCCCGCCACCUCAACACCUCCGUCAACGGAAAACACUUCGAACAGGCCAUCGACCGAGUGAUCGGAGGUCUGGAGAAGAAGACUCAGGUGCUACAGCCUGCGGAAAAGAAGAUCGUGGCCUAUCACGAAGCAGGACACGCCAUUGUGGGCUGGUUUCUGGAGCACGCAGACCCCCUACUCAAGGUGUCCAUCAUCCCGCGGGGGAAGGGCCUGGGCUACGCUCAGUACCUGCCGCGGGAGCAGUACCUGUACAGCAAGGAGCAGCUGUUCGACCGCAUGUGCAUGAUGCUGGGGGGACGCGUGGCCGAGCAGGUCUUCUUCGGCCGAGUCACCACCGGAGCCCAGGACGACCUGAAGAAGGUCACACAGUCUGCGUACGCUCAGAUCGUGCAGUUCGGGAUGAGUGACAAAGUGGGCCAGCUGUCCUUCGACCUGCCGCGCCAGGGGGAGAUGGUCCUGGAGAAGCCCUACAGCGAGGCCACAGCCGAGCUCAUCGACCAGGAGGUCAGGGAGCUGGUGGAUCGGGCGUAUCAGCGCACUCUGGAGCUGGUGACGGACAAGAGGAGCUGCGUGGAUAUGGUGGGGAAGCGUCUCCUGGAGCAGGAGGUCCUGGACAAAGGCGACAUGGUGGAGCUGCUGGGCCCUCGUCCCUUUGAGGAGAAGUCCACGUACGAGGAGUUUGUGGAAGGCACGGGCAGCUUUGAGGAGGACACUAGUUUACCCGAGGGCCUCAGAGACUGGAACCAGGAGAGGGGAGCGGUGGAGGAGACCGAGGAGGCCGGCCAGAAGCAACAGGCUGCAUAG